UGCUUAUUAUAUAAGGAAGCUUGGCUAUUAUCUGGCUAUGCUUUUAUACAAGCAUAUAACUACCCCCACUCUCUUCUCGCACACAUUCACACAAGCACACGAGCAAGCAUGGGCUUCAAGGGCGAGCUCUUGGUGUGCGCAAUAUUAGAAUGUGAAACCAUGGAAGAAAUGUUAUCUUCCAUGGAGAAAGCAAAGGAAGAAGGUGCAGAUUUAGUGGAACUCUGUAUAAACUCCAUGUCCUUUUCCCACAUUUCUGAGGUUGAACAACUCCUCAAACAAAGGACUCUCCCUGCAAUCGUCUCUUUCAGGACAUUUUGCAGAGGUGACUCCAAGAAGACAUGUUUGCAAGUUCUGCAACUCGCCCUCCAACUAAAUGUCGAAUUCGUCGAAAUUGAGCUUGAGGUGGCUUCUAAUGUUGUCAUGACUGAGCUUAUGAACAAAAGAUCAAAUAGCAAGCUAAUUGUAUCAAGCUAUAUACAAGGUGGGCAUCUUUCUAAAGAGAAACUUGGCAACCUGGUCACAUGCUUGCAAUGCACAGGGGCAGAUGCCAUCAAACUUGUGGUUGAUGUUGUUUACAUUACAGACGUUGCACCAGUUUUCCAUAUGCUUACCCAUUGUCAGAUACCACUAAUAGCCAGAGCCGUGGGAGAUAGAGGUCUUAUAAGCCAAUUAUUGGGCCCAAAAUAUGGUGCUUUUCUAGUCUCUGGAUCUUUGGGAGGCAAUUCCAUUCCUGGCUUGCCACCCCUAGCUAGCAUCAAACAAGUUUAUAAGCUCGAAUAUAUGGAUGUGGAUACAAAAGUUUUUGGUGUCAUCUCAAAUCCAGUAGGCCAUAGCAAAGGCCCCCUUCUGCAUAAUCCUGCCUUUAGACAUACAAGAUAUAAUGGAAUUUACGUCCCGUUGCUUGUCGACAAUGUCAAAGAAUUCUUUAGGGUGUAUUCUUGCAACGACUUUGCGGGUUUCAGUGUUGGAAUUCCACAUAAGGAAGCAGCAGUAGAGUGUUGUGAUGAAGUCCAUCUCCUAGCUAAGUCCAUUGGAGCUGUAAACACCAUUGUAAGGAGGCCUACUGAUGGGAAGCUGGUUGGUUACAAUACAGAUUGCGAGGCUUGUAUAUCUGCAAUUGAGGAUGCACUUAGAGAAAGACGAAUUACCAAUGGGCAAGCAUCUCAUGCUUCUCCUAUUGCUGGGAAACUGUUCGUUUUGGUUGGAGCAGGAGGUGCUGCAAGAGCAAUGGCUUUUGGUGCCAAAAGCAGAGGAGCAAGGAUUGUCAUUUUCAAUCGUAACUUUGGUAAAAACUGAAAACUCUCCACUUAACGUUUAUAGGCAGUUUCCUUUUCUCCAGACUCUGAUCCUUCUUUUCAAAGAGAGAGCAAAGGCUCUUGCACAAGCAGUUUCUGGUGAAGCUCUGCCAUAUGAAUGUCUAGACAAAUUUUGCCCUGAGAAUGGAAUGAUUCUUGCAAAUGCUUCAGCUGUGGGCAUGCAGCCAAAUACAAAUCAGACUCCUGUUUCUAAGGAUGUCUUGGGAUCGUAUGAGCUGGUUUUGGAUGCGGUUUACACACCAAGAAACACACUGCUAUUGCAAGAGGCUUCAGAGGCGGGAGCCAUAGUGGUGAGUGGCGUUGAAAUGUUCAUCAGGCAGGCGGUUGGUCAGUUCAAAUUGUUCACUGGUGGAUUAGCGCCAGAGGACUUCAUGCGCAAGAUUGUUUUGGAACAAUUCUGAUUGGCUUCAUGGAUUUCUUCCGGCCCUGAAUAUGUUUGCAAGAUCAACUCUAAAGUUUGUUGAAGUUGUCCCAAGUUUUGCCAACUAGGUAGUUAAAGUGAGAGAUUGAAAGAAGUGCACGCGAGCUCCAGGGAGAUUGAAUUGAAGAUUAAUUUUUUGUAAUCGGAAUAAUGUGAACUGAAGAUUAUUUUCUUUAUCAUUGGAAUAAUGUAGAGUCGAUCCAUUUGAGAGAAGUUGGGUGAAUUUCUUGAUGCUUCUGCUGUUAUCUUGAAAUGAAAAAAAAAGGGGACAUCAACUCUUAAUUCUCAAGUAACACCAUCAAUUAUCAUAUAAUUAUCUUGAAUCCAACCAUGUCCAAC